AUGUUCACGCUGCAGUUGCUGACUACUUCUCCGCACUCUCCGCAGGCCAACGAUCGAGCCCGCGAACUCGAGCGCGUGUACCAGAUGCGACGCGGCCAUGUUCCACAAAUCUCGAUAAGCGAUGACAACCACCACGUUACCGAAGCCAUAGGCGAUCUGUACGGCGGCGACAGCGACACAGAGCCCUCCCGCCGCAACUCGCGGCCCCUGAGCUUCAUCCCAUCCCCCAACGGCGACUCCAUCCAGUCUUUUGGCGCCUUUGAGCCCUUCGACCCCUUCCCCGCCGCGCCGCCCGCCAGAAGCCCGCUGCGUCCCCAGAUGGCCGCCAGCUCGCCCCCCGACCCGCCCGCGGGCAGCAGCAGCCACGGCGAAGGCACACCCAGCAGCAUCGCUGUGCCCGCGAACAAGCGCACCUCGUUCUCGCACCACGGCAGCCCCCACAGCCACGGCCCGCUCUCACCGCCGCUGUCGCGCACCAACUCGGACACGGCCUCGCAGCAGUUCCCCCUCAAUGACCUGGACUACGAGUCGAGCCCCGCCGGCCUCGCCCAGGAGCUGAGCAACCUGCAGGCCAUUCGCAGGAUGUCCAUGGGCGUCAACAAUGCCGACCCGGACCUGCCCUCGUUCAAGUCGAAUGGCCCCCCCUCGCCGCCCGCCCUGUCCGACGACGAUGACCCUGCAAAGUUGUUCUGGGUGCCCGCCCGGUUACACCCCGAGCUAGCGCCCAUGGAGUUCAAGACCUUCAUCGAAGACAAGGUCAACACCAUCCGCCGCCGCUCCGGCGACUCAGACUCGCUCUCGCCCGACGGCGCCCUGGGUCGACAGUCAUCGGGCGGAGGGUUGCGGCGGAAGAAAUCGAUGCUGUCGCGGCAGAUUGACAGCGGCUCGGGCUACAAAGACGGCGCGGAGCGGCUGGAGAGGCAGCGCUCAAUCCACCAGCCAAACGGAGGCCUGUCCGACCUACAAGAACUCGAGCACAUCCACGAAGACUCCACAGAGUUGGUGCGGCAGAUGAGCUUGUCGGGCAAAGGCACCAGCGGAGAUGGCGAAGUUGGUGCUGAGGGAGACCUCUCCAUCGCACCCAGCAAGUUUGGCGGCCUCGGCACCCUGAAGCGGUCGACACGCACCACAUAUCGUCGGGGUAGCUUGCGGAAGGGAGGGCCACCGCUCUCGAGGCGGCUGAUGACUGGGCGUCAGGGGGACACCGACACCGAGGAAUCGCCCUCGACCUCCCCCACGCGAACCAGCAUGCCCGAGGUGCCACCACUCCCACUUUCUCGUGUGCAAUCAGAGCCUGUCAACGGCCAAUUUGAAGGACCCUCGAACUUUUCGCGACCCCGCAGACGCUCUCCUCCGGAUUCACAUAGGCCUGGAUCAGCCGAGGGCACAAGGCCAGCAUCAUUAUUGAAACCCCGCCGCCCCAAGAACCAGACCGAAGGCAACAGCAGUUUCUGCCUCCUGAACGCCAUUCCUCACGCCAGCCUCCUCCUCCGCAACAACAGCCCAAUGGACCUCGCAACUUCCAGCAACCACCCCCUAACCAGCAGCACCAGCAACGGCAGCCAUCCAAUAGCCGGCAAAAUCGCCAUGCACAAGCAGCACAAAACUCUCCGAUCAAAGCCGCACAAUCACAACCUGUCCAUCAUUCCCAACCUGCCAGAAGAGAAGAAGUCGGACAAGAAGACCAAGGACAAGAAAGACGGCUCCGAAGGCUCGAGGAAGACCAGUUGGGGCUGGCUAACAGGCGGUGACAAAGAUAAGGAGAAGGACAAGAAGGAGAAGGAAAAGGACAAGGACAACAAGGAAGAACGCGACAAGGAGCUUGCCAAGAAGGUGAAGAACAAGCUCAGCAAAAGUCAGGACAAGAGCCACGACGAUACAAGGCUAGAUGUACUGCAAACUUCCAUCCAGGGUUCUGGUCGCGGACGUGAGAGUCUUGUUCUCGAUCGCGAGGGUGUGAAGCUCGAAGAGGAACGCAAGAAGGAGAGCAACAGAAAGUCGUCCAGUGACGGCAAGAAGGAGAAGGAACCCGGUCUGCUGUCGUCCAUCUUUGGCGGUGGUAAGAAGAAGGGUGACAAGGAGACCUCACAGAAGAAGGCUUCAUUACGCGGUCUUUCUCCUGAGCCUCCGCCAAAGCCAAAGAUCCCUGACGUUGACUACAACUGGACUCGCUUUUCAAUCCUUGAGGAGCGUGCCAUUUACCGCAUGGCGCACAUCAAGUUGGCCAACCCUCGUAGAGAGCUCUACUCGCAAGUGUUGCUGAGUAACUUCAUGUACUCAUACCUCGCCAAGGUCCAACAGAUGCAUCCGCAGAUCCAGAUUGGCAACUCAAAACAGGCCAGACAGGCGCAACAGCAGCAAGCCGCACAACAGAAGAAGGAGCAAGAGCAGCAACAGCCCCAAGCGCUACCUCAGCAGCAACAAGACCAGCCUCAACAGCGACAGUCUCGAGCACAACAAUCCCAGCAGCAGCCCGAUGAGUUUGCCCAAUAUCAACGGUACCAGCAGUGUUUGCAGCAACAGGAUCAAUCUGACAAGAACGACUGGCCAAGUUCACAGCAGCAGCAAAACAACGCAGGUUCUCGGCAACCUCAGGAGAACGGCCACCACGUCCAAAGAAACCAGUACGGCAAUCCAUACGACCAAAAUCCUCGCGACUCCCACCACUCGCAACACAACGCCAACGGCGGCGGUGGUAAUGGCUACAGCGUCGCCAACACCCAAAACUACCUUGGACAAGGCAGCAAGCACGGCUACACCUACUCUGACUCCGACCAGAGCAGCCGGGCUGAUGAUGACAUGUGGUAG